AUGGAGCCAUCAGCGGGGCGGUGGUCCGACCUGCCCGACGAACUCGUCGGCAUGGUCCGCUCCAGGAUCGCCUCCCUAGGCGACCGCGUGCGCUUCCUCGCCGUAUGCAAGUCAUGGCGGGCCGUCGCGCCGUGGCAACCGACGCCUCCCGCCGCGCCGCUGCUGCUCCUCUCGCUGUGGGCAGGCUGGGGGGAGAAGCACAUGUGCGGCCCUGACGGCAGUUGGGUCUUCCGCGUCCCAAGCAAGGCAGACGUCGAGGUGGCGCUCUCCCCCAAACAAUCCCGGCCGGCCUUCUUCAUGAAGAACAUGCAGAAGAUCAUCUUCUCUCAACACCCGACCUCCUCCAACGGUUGCAUCCUCGCCGCCAUAGUGGAAAAUUGGUCCCAAAUUGCGUUGUGCAGACUUGGCUGCUCGGAAGGCGAGUGGACCACGUAUGGCCGGCAUGAGUGGACUGCUGGCUGGCGCAGGAAGGUGAUCUUCGACAUUGCUUUCUGCAAUGGCGAGCUCUAUGGCCUCAUGGGCAACGAGGGCGAGGGCGAGAGCGAGUUAUUAGUUAGAUUUGAAAUCGGAGCAAAAAAAGACGGCACACCUGUGAUCAUAACAAACCACGAGCUCCCUAUCCAAAGGCCCUCUGGCACCAACGACUGUUUACCCUACGCCAGGUACAUCUUUGAGCUGCAUGGCAAGCCUUCGAUGGCGGUAAUGACUCGAUGGUUGCCCAACCGUGAGCCUUUCUUCAGGGUCUUCAAGCUUGUUGAUGCCGGCAUUGAUGAGGUUUGCGAGGCAGAGGUGACGAGCUUCGACGACUACGCCUUGUUCUUGGGGACACGGUGGUCUAAGGCAGUGCACGUGCCAGUGGGUGUCGGGCACCACAGUCCGGAGAGAAACCACAUCUAUUACUCUACCUACUCACCAGAAAACAAGUCAUCGGGAGAUGAGGUGUACUCGGUAAUAUCAAACCAUGGCACGUAUAUUGAGAUGUGUUGCAAGAAAGAUCAAACUAUCGAAGACGGUGUCGACAAAAUAGGAUACUAUGUGAGUGCUCGAAAUGAUGCAGUGUGGCUUCUUCCUCCAGACUUGUAG